AUGAGUCUGUUUUUGGACCAUUCUUCACAGCCCCUAGCAUUUUCGUUCUCUGGGGCAUUGGUGCACGCACUGCUUUUGCGGAAGGUGAAGUCUCCGCGUGACGAUGAGGUGCACUUCUUGAUGGGCCCAAACUUUUAUAUGUUUAGGGUGAACAAGUUUUCCAUUAUGACUGGCCUGAGAUGCUCCUGCCUAUCACUUGCCGCUGACAUUCAACCUCACCUUACAUCCUCCCGCCUACUCAAUACAUAUUUCAAUGUGGUACCCAAGAAAGACAUUAAGUUCAAUAUGUUGGAACGAGCUUUUAGUAUGUGCGAUGUACCUGAUGAUUUGUACAAGCUUGGUUUGGUUUACUUUGUGGAGGGGAUACUAUUGGCCGCUGAGAAUGACAAUGCUAUUUGGCGAGAUUCAUUGUCAAUGGUCGAGGAUUUAUAUUAUUUUGAGAAGUAUCCAUGGGGAUCCCUUUCAUUAGAUACAACUGUGAAACAAUUUAGAAGAGGUAUGAAAACGAUUGGUGCUACAAUACCUGGUAAGAAGGCGAAGAAGACCACUAAGGUGGAGUCUUCUAAGGGUGUUCAGGUGGAGGCAAAGUACACCUGCAAAGGGUAUCCACCAGCCUUACAAUAUUGGGCAUACAAGAUGAUUCUUGAUUUGUAG